GAGGCGCUGCCUCUGCCCUUGUUUGCCGUAAUCCAGCUUGAGCGUGCCUUGGAUGCGUGCGAGCCCGGCGACUGGUGGCCGCUUGUUUGCUUUCUCCUGAUGCUAUGGGCUGGUCUUCGUUGGAGCGACGCUCAGCGCCUGGACUUUGAAUCCGUAAUACUGGACGGCGGCUCCAUCUGCGGAUGGAGCUGGAGAACAAAGACCAGUGCAGUCGGGAUGCCAUGGGGCGCCCUUUGCCGUGGGGCAUGUGCGUCCAACUGGGGUAGCCAGUUGGCUUGGGGCAUCUUCCGCGUGCGUGAGAAAGAGGCGGGCCGUGACUAUCUGCUUCGCCAUUUGUCCAGGCCAGCUGGUUACACAGCAGUAGUUGCUAUGUUCCGUCGAUGCCUGGCGUGCUACCUUAGCACCGAAGCAGCCAGCCGGUACACUUUGCAUUCCCUGGAAGUCACCACGCUUUGUUGGGCUGGGCAAUUGGGCAUUGAUGAUGAGAAGAAGGCUGCCCAGGGGCACCACAGGGCUCGCGCAGUUACGCGGUCCGUCGAGAAGUACCGCCGGGACGACGUGUUGCCGCAGCUGGCUUGUCAGGAAGCCAUCCUGCUUGCUAUUUCCAAGGGGUGGGUCCCUCUUGUCCCUGCGCAGCGGGGAGUGCAAAGGUUGGAUGUGGUGCCGGACCACAAUCCUGUCGCUCCGGACGACACGUUUGAGUCUGCGGAAGAUACAGAUGGCCUGGAGGACGCUAGCUCCUGCGCAAGUGACGACAUUGCAGCCUUAGAUAGUGAUGACGAGUCUGCGGAAUUCGAGCCAUUUGAUGGGCCUUGGCUACUCAAUGCUGUGUCGGGUUGGUAUCACAAAGCUGUGCGCUUGGACGAUGAUGCGCCGUCAGAGUGCGGAGUGCUCUGGCAAGGCAAGUGCUGGGGUCGAGCUUGCCGUCCUCAGGCUCGUGGACAUCUAGCAUAG